UAUUAUCUCGGAUACUCACGUUGCGGAUGGUGGGUCCGUGGUAUGUUGGAAUAAGACGUCCUCGUCGCUGUUCUUAUUCCAAGGGACCGCACGUCAACAAUUUUAUUAUUUAGAUUUAUAAAUGAUUCAUUGUUAACUAUUAAUAAUAAAUUGUAAUCCAGUAAGUCGAUUAAAAUAUUGUUACUGUGUUUUAAUUUUUUUUUUCGUUUCUCGCUUGUGGAACCAGAAGAAUGCUGCAUCGUUACCUCUGUACCCUUAAACUUUAAGAACGUUAGACCGCAUGCGGUGGCUGGGAUUUUAUUCGUUUAUGAAUUAAAAACCGAAUUUCUAAUCAUGGAGGAGCUCGCGUGCGUUCGGUGCAUGAGCUCCAAGUUCCGAAACCCCAACCUCGUGUUCAGCUUCAACGUGUGCGGACAUACCAUGUGCGCCAAUUGCAUCGAAGUUGCAUUUAUGAAAGGUUCUGGUCCUUGCCCUAAAUGUCAUAUUCCUCUUCGGCGUAAUGGUUUUAAACUUCAGCAGUUUGAAGAUGCUUCAGUUGACGUUGAAGUUGAAACACGAAAAAAAAUAUUGCAAGAUUACAACAAAACUGAAGAUGAUUUUGAUUCUUUAGAUGAAUAUAAUGAAUAUUUAGUAGAAAUUGAAGAUAUUAUUUAUAAUUUAGUUAGAAAUAUUAAUGUAACAGAAACAAAGGAACGUAUUGAUCAAUAUAAAAGAGAAAAUAAAGAAAUAAUCAUGAGGAACAGAAUGAAAUUGAAACGUGAAGAACAAGCCUUAGAUGAAUUAAUUGAAGAAGAAAAGAUGCAUUCUCAGUAUAAAAGAGAUGAAGUUUUAAGAGAUGAAGCUGAACAGAGAAAUAAAAAACUUCGAGUAGAUUCUGAAUUAAUUGAUAGUUUAGCACGCUCUAAUUCUGAUGCUAGAGAUAUUGUUAACACAUAUACACAUAAAAAGGAAGAAAUUCCUGCCCCAAAACCAAAACCUAUUUCUAUACCGCCUAUUAACUUCACUAAGUUUUCAACCGGUGUCAAAUUCAAUCAGUCUUCUAUACCAAUUUCAAUAAAAGAAGGACCAUUAUUCAAAUAUGAGCCAAUUUGUCAACAACUUAAUGGCCCUGCUUGUCCAGAAAUUACACAAUUAGAGUCAUUAGGAUAUAUGAAUUACAUCAGGAGAGAAAGUUCUCAAGAACUUGCUGGUGGAUUUUUAAUGAAAACAUCUUGCUUGCAUUAUGUACAAGAAUGUGUUUCAGCAUUGUAUGAAAGAAAGACUGGUAAAGUAUAAUAAAUAAAUUUAAAUUCCAAUUAUCUAUUUAUUACCAAAGUACAAUUGUAUUAAUUAAUUUAUG